AUGUCGAAACCAUCCACACCACAACCGUCAAACACACUUCUACUUCGUAGGCAGCUCACUGAGCUCACGAAACACCCGGUUGAAGGGUUCUCUGCAGGACUUGUCGAUGACAACAAUCUUUAUGAAUGGGAGGUCAUGAUAAUCGGGCCUCCGGACACCCUGUAUGAAGGAGGGUUCUUCAAGGCUCGACUUUCUUUCCCUGCAGAGUACCCUCUCCAACCGCCAAAGAUGCGGUUUAUCACGCCCAUGUGGCACCCAAACAUUUACGCCGACGGUGUAGUUUGCAUCUCUAUCUUGCAUGCUCCAGGUGACGAUCAGUACGGCUAUGAAGAUGCCGGUGAACGAUGGAUGCCUGUCCACACGGUGGAAACAAUUCUCGUGAGCGUCAUAUCGCUACUGUCCUCCGAGACCCCAAACACGGACAGCCCAGCUAACGUGGAUGCGGCUAAAGAAAUUCGCACGGACCAUGCUGCUUACAAGAAGAAGGUACGACGUCUGGUACGUAAGAGUGCGGAGGAGGCUUUUGAUUAA